AUGUCUUUUCCCGCUUUACGUCAACCGAAUAUAAUUGUUCAAGAGAAGUCUAAGAAAAUUGAAAAUGAAAUACAAAAUGUGAUAGUAUCAUUAAAAAAUAAUAAAAAUCUCGUGGUAUCAUCAGACGCGUAUCACGGUAUUCUGAUGGGUCGCAAUAUGUUCAGAUGCGUUUUCUGUCGUGCCGAAAUGGAACUUGAGUUCAAAUUUAAAGAUGCGCACGUUAAUUCACAAAAACAUAAGAAAGUAUUAGAAAACUACCCGCAUACAGAAGAACAUGGUGAAAAUUUAAUAAGAAAGGUGGAUAAGAUCAGUUACUACUGUACACUGUGUAAUGUCAUUGUUUCAAAUCCAUUUCUUAUACGACACAUCGGCUCAGAAGUACACAGUCAGGAGUUACAGAAGGCUGUCACUCGAGCUCUUAUUUAUGAACCUGCAAAAUGA